AUGAAUCCUUCUACCGACAUGACUUGCCCUAACAUAUGUCCCGCGAACAGUAACAAAUUUGAAGAAAAGGUUAGCAAAAAUACAAACAACGUGAAGAAAAUUAGUGAGAGCCAAUGCACACCGUACAUCCCGGGAUGUAUACGACCGCCCAAGCCGAAAAUAUACCCCCCGGACGCCCCCCCAAGAUACCUUCCACAGCCAUCGGAUACUACAAGCGGAGAGUUUCUGAGAAUGGGCACCAUAGACCCUUGGGCAGCUGGACAUCUGGACUGGACUCCACAGUCAGGCACCACAGGCGUAAGGCCGGUCGUCGACAAAUACUCCAUAACGAGAUACAGCACCGGUGACUGGAGGAAGAACAACGAAUUCAUUCUCACCCCGACAGCAGUGAACAAGGCGAAACGUUUCGAAAAAGAAUCUAAAAAUGACAGCGCUAAUGUGUUCAACAAAUUGGACGCCAAACUGGACAACUCAAAUAAACAGCUGGAUAAGAGGGUUAGAGAUCUGAGUAACUGGAAAAAGGAGGUUGAAAAGACAUUAAAAGCGAUAACCGACGAAAUAGACACAUUGGACGAGAGUAGAGCACGUUUGAAAGGGGCAUGCCGUAUACUGAUGUUGCCUGAAGCGAUAUCGAGAGAAUGUUUAGAAUUACGCACACAGAGGUACGAACCGGACUUAGUGAGGGAUGAUGCGGAACAGGAAUUGAUACGUGAAGUGGCAAUCGUCGGUGAAAUCAGACGAGUAUUCAUGAAUACUCUAGCGAAAGUGGAAGAGCAAAUGGCCAUGAACAGGGCUGCGAAGGCCGCGAUCGAAUUCGACUGGAACGACAAAAUGAUCAGCUUGAAACUUGAUGAGGCCAACCUGAAACUGACUCCAGAUUCAAACGUAUUGAUGUAUCACCCGGGCGUGGCCAGGUGGCCCGAGAACGCGUCAUCCUUGGAAUACUGGAAACACUAUUGCGCCGAGAGUAUCAGAAACUGCGAGGAGGUGAGGAAGAAAUCAGAGAACCUGCGCGGCGACUUGAUGACGGCGAUAAUCAAAGGCAGCGAGGAUAUGAAGCUUCAGGCAGACAGGACCAACGCCGCUUUAUCAGAAACCGUCGCUGUAACAGAACAAAUGUGCGACAAACUAGAAGAGACCCUGAAGGACAAUCUGCAGACAGUUGCUGACAUUGAAAACCUGAUAGACGAAUUGAAAGAGUCGAUACGGAGAGUCGACGAGCGCAACAAACUGGUGAUGACGAGGCUGCACGAGAGGAACUACAGCCGUCCGAACGUCGAGAAUUGCAGGGACGAGGCGCAGUACGCUCUGAUAGCCGAAGCGAAGCUCGUGAAGGAGAGCUCUAGAGCCUUCUACGACAAGCUGAGGGACGCGGAGGCCGUGCGAACGGAGCUGAUGACGUACCGCGGCGACCUGGAGAAGGAGAUUGCGUGCAAGCGAAAGAGCCUGAACAUAGACAAGGAUAGAUGCAGCCGGAUCCGUUCGCACAUGCCUACUCCCGAGGAGUUCGCUGCCGGG